UAUAAUUGAGUGGAGUUGAAAGCAGAGCAAGUACAUGAAGCUGAAGCAAAAAUGGUGUGAGGAGUUUCAAUCUUGAUCUUCACACUGGGCAGCCUUUGCCCAAUAAAUUUCGUUAAUUUCUUCAUCUGGGUGGUCUCUACAAUAAGAAAGUACCGGUCUUUAUUUGGUGCAUUUGUUUGUUUCUUCUUCAAUGGCUAAUUCAAUUCUCAAUGGAGCUGAAAAUCUCAAUCUCAUCUCUGGGAUAAAUUUUCAUCAAUCAUGUUUUCUCAAAAAGGGUUUAGUUCCCUAUAGUAGUAGGAAUUACAAAACCAAAAGCUUUGUACCCAGAUGCAGUAUGUCAUCCGCAAGGCCAGCUUCUCAACCCAGGUUCAUACAGCACAAGAAAGAGGCAUUUUGGUUCUACAGAUUCCUCUCCAUAGUCUAUGAUCAUGUCAUAAACCCUGGACACUGGACUGAGGAUAUGAGAGAUGAAGCACUUGAGCCUGCUGAUCUUUACGAUAGGAAUAUGAGAGUUGUAGAUGUUGGUGGUGGAACGGGGUUCACAACACUUGGAAUAGUUAAGCAUGUUGAUGCUAAAAAUGUUACAAUUCUUGACCAAUCCCCUCACCAGCUUGCCAAGGCUAAGCAAAAAGAAGCCUUGAAGGACUGCAAGAUAAUUGAAGGGGAUGCAGAGGAUUUGCCAUUUCCAACCGAUUAUGCUGAUCGUUAUGUCUCAGCUGGAAGUAUUGAGUACUGGCCAGAUCCACAGCGUGGAAUCAAAGAAGCGUAUAGGGUAUUGAGAAUAGGAGGGAAAGCUUGUGUUAUAGGUCCUGUGUAUCCAACCUUUUGGCUGUCUCAGUUUUUUGCUGACAUUUGGAUGCUUUUCCCUAAGGAGGAAGAGUACAUUGAAUGGUUUAAAAAGGCUGGUUUUAAAGAUGUUAAACUGAAAAGGAUUGGUCCAAAAUGGUACCGUGGAGUCCGAAGGCAUGGCUUGAUUAUGGGUUGCUCUGUAACUGGUGUAAAACCCUUAUCUGGCGACUCCCCUCUUCAGCUUGGUCCAAAGGCAGAGGAUGUCCAGAAACCUGUUAAUCCAUUUGUGUUCUUUUCCCGGUUUAUUGUUGGAGCUAUUGCUGCUGCUUACUUUGUGCUGAUUCCAAUUUACAUGUGGAUCAAAGAUAAAAUUGUUCCAAAGGGCAUUCCAAUCUAAAAUCAGAGGAAGAUAAUUGGAAAAAUGAUUAUCACCAUUUUCCUAUAUCCAAGUGACUGCUCUUGAUGCCUAAUUUCUUAGUUCAAGCCUCUAUACCAUGAGGGAUUAGAUAUUUUACUCCUCCAGUAUUUAAAUAUGCCCUGGCGGACUUUGUAACAUAUUUUUUUUCACUCUCUCUAUCUUUUCUUGUAAAAAAUAACCUUAUUUUGGACUUUUGCUCUCUGGAUCAUAAAGUGAUUGUGAUGCUUUUGUGUGUUAUACACAUAGGUCUUGUAUAAAAUGGUGAAGUAAUUUGAUCAAACUUCAUUUUCUGUAA